GAAGGAGCAAAAGUGGGAGUGCACUAAAGGCAAAAGAGAAAAACGUCUGUCUGUUGUAGGGCACGCUAGAUCAUGCAGGCUACAUUAUGGUUUGUGUAAAGCAUUGUGUUACAUUUAUGACGAGGACCAAAUAUUUUGGCAGAAGGAUUUACACUCUCCGAAGUUUGGAGCACGGGAGCCAAAGGAAACAUGGCCGAAGGAGGAGUGGGGAAUGGUGGAGGGAGCCUUCGUCCCGAGUCGCUGGAAGGCACUGGCUCCUCGCCCAUGUACGGCACAGGCCACUGUAAAUGGUUUAAUGUACGAAUGGGAUUUGGAUUCAUAUCGAUGACAAAUCGCGGAGGAACUCCUAUUGAUCCUCCAUUGGACGUAUUUGUUCACCAAAGUAAGCUGCACAUGGAGGGGUUUCGGAGUCUGAAGGAAGGUGAGGAGGUUGAGUUCACCUUCAAGAAGUCCUCCAAGGGCCUGGAGUGUGUGAAGGUGACUGGGCCUGGAGGAGUGUACUGCAUCGGCAGCGAAAAAAGACCCAAAGGGAAAAGCAUGCAGCAAAAACGAAAGCCAAAGGGAGACCGCAGCUGUUACAAUUGUGGUGGUCUGGACCAUCAUGCCAAAGAGUGUGGCCUCCCUCCUCAACCCAAGAAGUGCCACUACUGCCAGAGUGCCUCCCACAUGGUGGCACACUGUCCUCAUAAAUCGCCCUCGGCCACUCAGGGAAGAUGCAGCUUAGAGCCACCCAGCUCAAGCUCUGUCCAAAGCCCAAGCCCUCAAAGAGCCUCAUACACAUCUCAGGACAGCUCCACCCUUAGCAAAGCCUCCAGCUCUCCCAAGGAGCCCACACCAAAACCUGCCUCAUCUCAAAGAAAAAAGAGGAAAAAAUCAGUUGCUUGAUCAGCACACCAGUCUUUCGGGCUGCCUACUUUUAUCCAGUCCUCAUCAUGAGAAUUCUAUUGGACUCACCCUACCUCAGACCAAUGAGUUAAGGCCAGUUUGACAUCUCUGGAUCUCUUUAACCUAAAGAGAGGGAAUGCGCACUGCUUUCUUUAUUCAUGAUCAAUUGCACUGUGAACGAUUUAGAGAGUGCAAAUGGUUUCCCAGUGCUUUUAAGAGACUGAUACCUCAUGCACAAUAUAUACCUAGCCAGAAUUUUACUAAUUUUAUUGCUUAGCUGUUUAUUCUUAACCAUGUUAUCCAAAUUGAAUGCAGUAGAAAAUAUUUAAAAUAGCUGCAGGGAUUCUCGACUGCUGUAGGCACACUGUACAAUCUUGAGCCAAAGAAAAUAAGAGAUUGGUGGUCUUUUAUGUGUUUUUAAAGGUUUAAAAAAGCUUCCUGAAUCAGUAUGCUUAAUUCCCCUUUCCAUUGCCCUAAAGCCACAAAAAUCUAUAUUUCCACCUCAUUAAUUAAUAUGAAUGUGAUAGCAAUUAUAGGACAUCUACAGAGAUAUUUUUGUCUUAUUGUUUACAUGUUUAAAAUCAGGUUCUACAUUUUAAUCAUCAUAGUAUUGAUCUGUUUUGUCCAAGUACAGAUUAGAUGCUUGUAUAGAUGUACUGUCUCUUGAUACUGCUAGUGUUGAUUCCGUGGUUACUAUGACAAUAUCUUUUUGGUGUGAAAAAGUCUUGCAUAGAACAUUUAAAGCUGAACGUACAUGUGUAAUUAAGUGCAGGAUGUUAAGCACAGACGCACAAUAUUAGACUAUUAUCCA